UUCCGACCUUCUCUCGGCGCCGUUUGCCAUUAGACAGUGGGAGGUUUACGUCCCCUUCCCAGCGUACGCCGCACUCCGCUUCGGGAGCACGGUGACGAAAGGCUCAAGCGCGAGCUUCCAAAAGCUAUUCGCCGCAGCCAGAGAGUUCCUGAUAACAGCUCACGACCUCCUACGGCCAUCCUCACUUAUUCGCCCGGUACGUUAGAAACCCAGCGAACGCUUCCGCCUGCCGGCCGUGUUGUGUACUCGUGGCCAGCAGUUUGACAGCACGAUAGCACGCACCCAGUCAGAGCGCGUCCACGGGACAGCUUGCACGAAGAUGGACGAUGAUGAGCUGCUGAUGCUCUACGAUGGGCCCACCAUGGUCCUCGAAGGUCGAGAUCUACCUUCUAUCGCGAAAUAUAUGAAGUCCCCGCAGUGCAAGCGGAUCUUCGUGAUGCUCGGCGCGGGCGUGAGCACGGCGGCCGGGAUACCCGACUUCAGGUCUCCAAGAACGGGACUCUAUGCAAACCUCGCAAAACUCAAUCUGCCAUAUCCUCGCGCGCUCUUCGAGCUCAGCUACUUCCGCUUUAAUCCCAUACCAUUCCUCUCCCUGACCCGCGAGCUGUACCCCGGCCGCUUCCGGCCCACGCUGACGCACACCUUCGUGAAGCUGCUCGCCGACAGCGGCCUGCUCCACACGUGCUUCACGCAGAACAUCGACACGCUCGAGCGCCAGGCGGGCAUCCCCGUGGACCGGCUCGUGGAGGCCCACGGCAGCUUCGCGUCGCAGCACUGCAUCGACUGCAAGAAAGAGUACGGCUCCGAGAAGAUGCGCGAGGCCGUGGAGAAGGGCGACGUCGUCCGGUGCGACAACGACGCCUGCGCAGGGCUCGUGAAGCCCGACGUCGUCUUCUUCGGCGAGUCGCUGCCCGAGCUGCUCUCGCAGUCGAUCGCGAAGAUCAACAGCGCCGACCUGCUCUUCGUCGUCGGCACGUCGCUCACCAUCCAGCCCUUCGCGCGGCUCGCCUCGAUGGCGCCCGACGCGUGCCCGCGCGUGCUCAUCAACCUCGACUUCGCGGGCGACAUCGGCACGCGCGCGGACGACGUCCUCCUCCUCGGCAAGUGCGACGCCACCGUCCGCGAGCUCUGCCGCGCGCUCGGCUGGGAGGACGCGCUCGAGCGGGAGUGGGCGAAGACCGCGCUGCCCGCCGCGCGCCCGUCGACGGGCAUCCUCAGCCCCGUCGCGCUCGCGCACGGCGAGAAGGGGUACGCGGCGCGCGAGCGGGAGCGGUCGCUCGGGGACGGCGUGCCCCCGCACGAGCAGGUCGAGGUCGGGCGGCUGGGCGGCAGCGGGCAGCACGGGACGAGCACGCCGACGGCGGCGGAGUGGCAGGAGCGGCUGGAUGCGGCGGAGAGCCUGACGGAGCGGCUGCGGGUAGCGCUCGAGAGCUCGGAGAAGAUCGUGCCGCUGAUGGAGGAGGCGGCGGUGACGUUCGCGGCGCGGACGCUGAGCGCGGAGGAGCUCCUGCUGGCGACGAACGUGGUGGGAGACUCGGGCGAGUCGACGCCCGUGAACGAGGGCUCGUAUAUGCUUGGGGCGACGGUGAUGCCCGUCGAGGGGAAGGUGCGAGCGUGAGGUUUAGUGUGACUGCAUGUUUUCUUGGGUCGAGUGGGGGUUGGGUACAUAUGGGACUGUAUUGGGUCAGGAUGAUCUCCGGCUUGCUCUCGUGUUCUUGCUCCAGCGUUCGCAUCGUAUUGCUGUGUACCGACUUACAGAUCUACUUCUCUAUUCUAGCCGUGUCCCUAUGUUCGUAACCG